CACCCAUGCACUCAUCCGCGUCUAAAGAACAGACAACCUACGUAACCACGACUUUAUAUAUGUCCAUCCAAAACAUCUGUUCCUGCGGCAGCGGCCAUGGAAACAUCAUCACCACUACUGCCCCAACAGCAGCAGCAGCAGCAGCAAGGGCAAGCCCUCAUGAGUAAUCCCGAAGCUGUACCGAGCAGCAGCGCAUGGCAUUCUUCUGGGUCCAUCGGCCCGUUCUUUGCAGUUAUCUCUGUCCUGACGGUUCUUGCGAUUCUGUCGUGCGUGCUGGGAAGGAUGUGUACCCGACGCGGCGGAUCAGGGGCUGUUACUCCGGUGGAGUGUGUGAGGGAUAGAGGCUGCUUCGGGUGGGUGAGGCGCAACUGCCGCCGCUGUAUGGUCGGUGCUGCUGAAGGUGGAGCCAAGAUUAUGGCUUUCCGCAAACAGAUUGGUAAGCAGGUUGAAGAUGGUGGUGAGCUUCAACAUCCCCCACACCCUUAAAACUCUUUCAAGUCAUCCUGUAAAUUUGGUCUGCUCAUAAAUUUGAAGUUGGAACAAAUUAUGGUGUAUAUAUAUAUAUAUAUAUAUAUUCCAUAAAUUUGUGAUCUAGAACUAUUAUUAACUAUAUAGUUUUUUUUAUUAU